AGCAGUAUUAUUUUAUUUUUACAGACAGCUUUAGUAACGUUUCCUAAGAGGGCUAAAGAGAAAGAAAACCGUCAGAGACCAGGAAAUGCAGUGUCAAUAAUAUGGAUAGUGGCCCUGCUUGCGUUCAACAUGUGUAGCAGCAGCAUCAGAAAAUAUGCAAUAGGGGAAAAUUGUCAACAAACACUUGCACUAAUUAACCAACUUACAGCCAAUGCUCAAUGCCCAGAGACCAAGCUAACUACAAAUGAAUGGAAACUCGCGUUUCGCGGUACAGCUAACGUAGGAAAAUCAGUUUUUGCGGCCUAUAAGAACGGUACUGGGAUACCAAGUGAAGUGGAGCCAGGAUGUAAACAGGUGACAGAGCCACUGCCCUGCUCCAACCACUACAGAAAUAAAGAAGUGUUCGACAACUGGGACCGUGUAGAGAAAGUCGCCUUCAUCGUGUACUCCAAUUACACAAAAGUCAAAGAAAUUUUGUUUGACGGCUCAGGAUCAACCUACAUGGACUGGUUCGACAAGACUAGGGUCAAGUUUUCUACAUGGAACCAAAUUAAGACAGACGUCACUAACGUCUUCUCAAUUGAAGGAAAUAUAUUACCAGUAAAAGCAGUAAAGAGAACCUUCUUCAUCAACAACUUCUAUGGCGGAUGUCCAGCAGACAGAGGUUGGUUCGUCGCUAUAGAUAGAGCUGGAGGCCAUUGUAACUGGGAGAAAACCAGCACAUUUCCAGUCUUCAAAUACGCCAGACAGAAUCAGGCAGAAAACUGGAACACUGGCGAUGUGGGUAUAGCUGACGUGUUUGCCAUUUUUGUCAAAUACUACGACAUGCCUUGAUAAAGAGGCUUAACGAAGUUCAGAGUGAAAUAAAUUAUAAAUC